AUGGCAUUUAAAAGGAGUUUACUGCCGCUUUUGCUGCUUGGAGCAGCAGCAGCAGCAGCAGCAGCAGCAGCAGCCGAAGAAGGCCCCUCCGUUCAAGAAAUCGUGAACAGCCGCCUCAUUGCGGGAUUCAAAGAUGGCUGCAACCCCGAAGAAGCUUCUCUUCGAAGUUUGGGAAUUGCCGUCAGAGCUGCUUACGGCGAAAAGAGAAAACUCACCAAGUUCCCGGAGGCCGCCUCCGCGAUCGUGAUGGACGUGCGGGAGACGGGGGCUGAGGACUUCAGCACUUACAGCCGGCGGCAAACUUCUUUCGAGUUGCACUUGGCGCAAAGUGGAGAUGAUUAUUUAUUUGUGGGAACCUCUUUUUGGGGUUUGGAAAACCCUCAGAAGUGCGUGGUUUCGCGGCAGCACUUGAAGCGCGUGGGGGUUUCCAUCAUUUCCUUCUCCAACUGUCCCCUGCUGCUCCAAACCCUCGAAACACCAAUUAGGGUUUUCCAAAACGACUCUUGCGUUCUUUUCGUCGAAAAGGACUCCGUCGUGCAUGCGUACCCCACCAUUGAGGGUCCCCCCGUCGACGAAGAAGCCCUCGUAAACCCUCACGAGCCCUGGAAACCCUUUUUUAGGGUUUCGCCGCCCCGGAAGCCCCUUGAAGUUCACUGA